AUGACAAGUUUCCCUGGCGACAAAACGAAUAUUCCUAAACGCUUAACAGAAUGCUUAGAAUACCAGCCCUUGAAUUUUCUCAUUCCAAAGAGUGGCUUGUGUGAGCUACUUCACUCGUCUCUACGAGUCGCCCCCGUCAUCAAAGGACCAGAGUUUCGCGUUGGCGAGAGAAAAGAGGCCUCAGUACAUAGACUUGAAGUCGAUGAGGCACCUGAAAUUCAAUUUCGCGAAUUUGCACUUCCAGUAGGAAACACUCAAGACGCGUCUAUCGAUCUGUUUUCGGGUUUGUCUGAUGGAGCACAGCAGUUUUUGAACCCAAAUUGCUUCGAGAGGGCCAAAAGGGCCCCAACUUUGAGCGCCAGCGAACUUACAGACCUCUCAAACAACUCAGAUAGCCUUGAAAGAUACAAUGAUAUAUCUGUUGUUGAUGAUGAUGCAAGUUACAGGGACAUAGAAACCGAAGCUAAAGCUAAAAAAGUCAAAGCUGCUGCUGAAGAGUAUUCGUUGGAUCAGGUUACUAUGCACAGCCAAUACCUGAAAGAGUUAGAGAGAAUCAUGCCUUACUUAGGCGAUGAUACAAACUCGGCCCAUCUUCAUAAUCAGCUUUAUUGGACGAAGAUUGGAGAUCUUAGGGUGGUUUCUGAGACCUGCCUUGAAAGAAUAAUGCUGAUUCUCAAGAAUAUCUCCCAAAUUAAGGAUGUUCUAGAGAAAAUUCCAUUUGACACAUUGAACAGGCUGUUACGCGUGUGCUCGGAAAGCAUAGAUGCCAUUUUGAAGACGGGGGAAGUUGGCCAUAACAAUGCAGCCUUCAAAUCUGCCACUGUCAUAUUCAUGAUAUUUCUAAUGGACAUUGAUGAAAAGCGUCUUUAUUUGGAGCGUUACCUUGUUUCAGUUGUCUGCUUCCUACAGAAGGUGAUCGAGUCCUUGACGGACAGCGACACCAGUAUGGCAGCGACAGCGGAUGACUAUUUACAAUUGAAAGCAGCCCUGUCCUUACUGUCUUCCUACAUUCAAAAAAAGCCUAUGCAAGAGGAACAACUGAUUACUAAACUAGUGUACUUGCUCUCUGACCUCCUCACGUUCAACCCAAUCAUGGUCAAAGGCAUGUCUUCCCUAUCUACUUGGCUUGAAACUCUGCGAAGAGAGAGUUCUGUCGCUCUUAUAACAAUGUUUGAAAAGCUUCCUACGCAGCGGAUAUUUAUUCUCGAUGAGCUUCUCUUCAGAAUCGAUGCUCUGCCUACAAGCAGAAUUCGGAAGAAACUUCAAAAAAUUGGCGACUCUUUAUAUGCAACACACCUUUUCUUGACAAUAGCUCGCAUGCUUCAAGCGGUUAAUUCAUCAGCAUUUCGACCUUCAUCAGAAGGCCUCGAUAAAACCCAUAUUGAGGAGUUCAUCAAUACAUUCAAAGAGCAACAGUCUGAGCUUUCGUCAUUUAUUGAACAUGUCAACAAUUCUAUUCUGAACAAAUGCUUUGCUGUCAAUUCCUUUAAGAAGUACAUUCUGGACAAUUAUGUUCAAGACCUACUUGCGAUGACCGUACACCCGGCUUGGUGCGUGGGUGAGAUUCUGCUUGCAUCUUUAUUGAAAAAAAUGCUGCUAGUAUUUAGUCCAUCCCAUCAAAGCAACGCCACUAAAGAGUCUUCCAUUCUACAGAUUAUCGCAAACGUUGGAAGUACUAUACAGGAUAUCAAACUUAAAAUCAAAUCAAUUGAAGGUGUCACAUUCAUGAGCGUCUAUAAUGACGAUGAAAUGCUAGGGAAAGUCCUUUCAAGCUUCCAAAAUUGCCUGUCCUUUCUAUCUCAGGCCAACAACGAUGUUACUUCGCGAGAUUUUUUGUGGGACAGGAAAAUAGCGUGUCUAGCGGCUAUUUCAGGGCUGACAGUAGAUAAUGCGAUUCGGAAGGAAAGAAUUGACUCGAAAAUUUUGAUGGCCCUACAAGAAGUAGGUGGAGGAGAUUGCCAUAAUAGUUCCUUACUGUCAUCUUCAACACCGAAAGACCCCAAGCAUGACUAUUUUCUUUUACUUCAAGUGUCUGAAUUAUUAAGUCUUUUCGAUCCUUACGUUAGACUUGUUUUGUCGCUGCUAAAUAGGCAAAGUGUCAAGCUAAGGUCGGGGGCAAUCAAGUGUCUCGCCCCAUUAGUAUCUAACGAUCCCGGAAUGCUAGAGGUGCCAUCUAUAAAAAAUGUCAUAGAGAAAAGGCUCUUGGAUUCAUCGUCCUCCGUUAAAAUGGCAAUCUUGGAUUUAUUGAGCUCGACCCAUUUGACUGGGUAUUAUACCCUCAUUAACUUGAAUUACAAUGAUGAAAGUGCCACAAUCCGAAAGCAAGUUUUAAAGUUAAACCUUGAUAUUUAUGAAAGAACCAGCGACGUUGGAAUUAAAGCUUUUGUGGCCAGUAGAAUAUUAAGAAGAACAGAGGAUGAAGAAGACUCAAUCAUUGAAAAAGCCCAAACCUCUUUGCUAGAAUUUUGGUUUUUGAAGACUUCGGGUGGGGAUCGAUAUGCUUUAGGCGAAGACGCCCACCAAAAAGAGGUUCUCACUGUCAUUUCCACUCUUGUUGGCCAGUAUGAAGAGGAUUCACAAUUAUUUGAGACCUUCUUGAAUGAAUAUGUUCUCGACGGGACUCUGCACACCAAAGAAACUUUCGAAGCGGUCAAUUUCACUAUUCGUCAUCUUACCGGAAAGCUUGUAGACGAAGCCAUAUUAAUGCAUUAUGGGAAUGACGAAUUGAAGGAAGCGAAAGUUCAGUCAGACGCUAACAUCUUUCAACUGCUGGCAAUAUUAUCUGCAUGCGAACACGCGUUCAUCAGCAAAGUUCACAUCACAAACCUGUUCCCCUAUCUCAUGUCCUCCGAGCUUUCAGACCUGCAGUACUACAUUUUAAAAGUUUUCAAAAACAGCUUCUCAAAGCUGUCAUACUUCAAGACCAGUUUCCUUAUUGAAUUAGAGAGUACCACAUUGGGAAAACUUCCAAAGAUGAGCGUUCGAGAGAUGGAGGAGGCCAUUCCACUUUGUUGGUCCAUACAGCGCCAAAAGGGCGACGAUACUAGAAUUUCGAGGGCCUGCGCGUCGUGUUUAUCGUUACUAACACCAUACAUCAACUUAUGCAUGCAAAAUCCAUCGUCAGUGGUAGCAGACGGUAAGGUGCAACGACUACUUUACCUCGCUGCUGGCUUCGCAAGAUUUUGCAAUUUCACAAACUUGGAGGAGAGAUUUCCCAACCUCAAGUCAAAUGAACCUCUUAGUGAGUAUGUUACGAAAUGCCUGCUUCUUUUCACAAGGCCAGAGAUCGACCCACUCUUGAGAAAGAUCGCGUUCAGGAACCUACUUAAGGUUGGCACUUCCCAUCCCAAACUGUUUAACUCACCUAAACUUUUAGGUGUGGUUGACAAAGAGUUUACCUCAAAUAAUUUGGUAACAAGCCUAGUGAUCGUUCAAUGCUUCUCAGACUUAUUUAUAAGUGAAGAGCAAAAGGCCCUCCAACUGACUCGCCCCGUGCGCUACUCCACCUUGAAAGUCCAGAGGGGACGCUCAAUCGAGCAGUCUAAGCCUAGUAGUGCUAUUUGUCCAGCUGUGGCCUCUCGAUAUUUGAAAAAGGUCUUGAAAUUAGCCCUGCAAGAGGAUACCGCACAUUCUUGCGUCACGUUGCAAUUUAUCGAGCUAGUGCUUGACUUUGGUUAUACCAACCCUGUGAACUGUCUCCCAACACUUAUAUGCUUAUUAGGUUCUCCCAGCAGCGAAACGAGGAGACAAGCCAUAGUAGUGAUAGAAAACACUUUCAGCAAAAAUUCCAGUUUACCCUUCAGUAAUUUGGGAAAUGGGUUUAAAGCGGGUGUUGAACAUAUUAAACGGAUGCAAGAGAGCGGAAGAUCUUGCAACGCAAUCUUUUUACCUGCAGUGCAAAGCCUCAUGUAUAAGCUGGGCAUGAAGCCAUCAAGAUUUUUUAACGCUUACAAAAAGACCUUAUCUUCCUACUUUGGCGCUGGAAAAGGCACAUUCCCCAGAGUGCAACUCGUUAUUCUCUGCAUGAAUAUGGCUGGCCUCGGUUUUGACAGCAUACUUGACGUUUGUGUCUUAGCGCGGCUGCUUGACGUCAGGGCCGAAGAAUUGUUGCAGUCCAUUGAGCAGAUGGCUGACGAUGCCACGAACGAUACAGCAGCAAAAAAGCUUCCUAGGGAUCUUAUCAUUUCUCGUGAGUGUCUUUUAGAACUGAGGAUUUAUUUAUGCCGGAAAUUCGGGAUCAACGAUGAGACGGUCGCCGGUGUAGGAACCAGUGAGGACGAAGACUUGAGAAUGAAGCCUGCGGAAGCGAAGCAUCUCGAUAUACAGUUCCAAUUCCCGCCAGCUGGUCUCGAUGAGCAUGAAUUGUGCAAUCGUUUUUGGAGUACUCAAUGA